GACAACGUCUCAUUUUCCCAAACACAUGGCGCCUGUAAGUCUAAGCUAAAAUAUCAACAACUGGAUCGGUUGAACGGACGGCAUUCGCCUUAUUUCAACCGAUCCCGAAUUUUCCUGCAGGCGAUUUGCGUGCCGUGCCGCCGGUCCUGAUUAGACCGCUUCAGAACCGAAUGUGUUUUCGGGAGGGAAACUUCACAGCUUCGGUUCCGAGUCAAACACGACUCGAGUAAGCGGGCCCAGAAGUCGAAUAACACUGGGAUACACAAGGAUCAGUGGUCAUGUCUGGCAUUGCUCUGAGUCGACUUUCACAAGAGCGCAAAGCAUGGCGGAAAGACCAUCCAUUCGGCUUUGUUGCUGUGCCGAUGAAGAACCCUGACGGUACCAUGAAUCUUAUGAACUGGGAAUGUGCUAUUCCAGGAAAGAAGGGGACUCCAUGGGAAGGAGGUCUGUUUAAGUUAAGGAUGCUGUUUAAAGAUGACUACCCAUCAUCACCCCCAAAAUGUAAAUUUGAGCCUCCGCUGUUCCAUCCGAAUGUUUAUCCGUCAGGAACGGUGUGUCUUUCCAUCCUAGAAGAGGAUAAAGACUGGAGACCUGCCAUUACCAUUAAACAGAUCCUGUUAGGGAUUCAGGAGCUCCUAAAUGAACCGAACAUACAGGAUCCGGCUCAGGCAGAGGCGUACACUAUAUACUGGUAUGAUAAACACUAGGGCUGCACGAUAUAUCGAAAUAUCGC